AUGGACGUGACGCAGCUGGUAGUGGGCGGCUCGGACUCGUGCGGCAUCUGCUCGGCGUGCGUGGGCCGCCUGCGAGACGCGAGCGACUUCAAGCUGCAAGUGCAGUGCAGCCAGGCGGAGCUGCAGGCACAGCUUGUUAAAGCGGUGUCUGCGGUCAAAUCUGAGCAGGCUGAUGAUGAUUCUGUGUUCGAUGUGUUAUAUGAGGAGCCCCUACUGGUGGAUCAGUCAGAGGUCGGGGAAGAGAAGAGCAAGCGGGCGCUAGAGAGAAAACUGGUGGGGGUCACAUUGAGAGACCGUAAAACAAACGAGUGGCUGAGACAGCAGAGCAAGGUCACGGAUGUUGUGAAACGCGUAGCAAAUUUGAAGUGGGAAUGGGCGGGUCAUAUAGCAAGAAAGACCGACUCGUGGAGUAAACGACUACUUGAGUGGCGACCAUGGGGGGAGGAGCGUCCCCAAAGUAGGCCCAAGAUGCGUUGGGACGACGACAUCAAAAGGACUGCGGGGAAGAAGUGGCUCCAGAUUGCAAAAGACCAUGAAGACCCCCUCGUCAAGUCGGAGACGGAUGAUGUGAUGAGUGACGGCGACUCUCUUGCUUCAGAUAAGGAGCCCGUACUGGUGGAUCAGUCGGAGGUCGGCGAAGAGAAGAGCAAGGUACUCAUGGAUGUAGACCCCCUCGUCAAGUCGGAGACGGAUGAUGUGAUGAGUGACGGCGACUCGUCAGCGGCGGUGUGUUCGGACGGCAGCGCCGCCCGCGCCAGGGAACACCGAGCGAUGGCUUGCUCCGUGGUGCUCGAGCGCCUCCGCGGCGACGCGACUCUUCACAAUGAAGCCAAACCAUAUGGCUGCGAACACUGUGGCAAACAUUUCAGAAACAAGAUUUUUUUAAGAAAACACGUAGGAAACACACACUUGACCACCGGACCAACAGCAUUUGCUUGUGAUUUUUGUAGUUCUACUUUUCAAACCAAAUUUCUUGUAAUCGAACACGUGAAAAGCGAACACGGUGUUACAAAUUUCAUGUGUGCUGAAUGUGAGUAUACAACAAGUUCCAAGAAAAGUUUGGAGACUCAUUUAAAGAGUCACUCAGUUAAGAAUAAUUUUAAUUGUAGUCACUGUAGUUACAAGAGUUCAUGUAAAAGUGAUUUAUACAAACACCAAACAAUACACAUGGCUGGAAAACCUUUUAUGUGUAGCGACUGCGAUUUCAAAUGCAAUCAGAAAUCAUAUUGACGAAGACACCGGAAGAUACACACUGGGACAAAGCCAUAUAAAUGUAGUAAUUGUGUAUACAAGUGUAAUCGGAAGGAAAGAUUGCUAACACACCAGAGGAUACACACCAGAGAGAAGCCUUACAAAUGUAGUCAUUGCGA